GCGCGCGCUCCCGGUCCCGGUUCCCCGGUCCCGCCAUGGCCCAGCGCGGCGGCGGCGGCCCCGCCGUCCUCCCGGACGACAACCCCUUCCAGGACCCCGCGGCGCUGCAGCCGCGGCCCGGAGCCGCGCUGGACGGGUACAACCCCUUCGAGAGCGACGCGCCUCCGCCGCCGUUCCAGACGCCGUCGGUGGCCCCGCCGCCCCCGGUCCCGGCGGCCGCGCAGCCCCCGCGGAAGGCGAGUCCCACCGAGCCCCGCAACUACGGCUCCUACGGCUCUCAGGCCUCGGCCGCCGCCGCCACGGCGGAGCUGCUGAAGCGGCAGGAGGAGCUGAACCGGAAAGCGGAGGAGCUGGACCGGCGGGAGCGGGAGCUGCAGAACGCGGCCCUCGGCGGGUCACAGACGAGGCUCAACAAUUGGCCCCCGCUGCCGUCCUUCUGCCCCGUGAAGCCCUGCUUCUACCAGGACAUCCCUGUGGAGAUCCCUGCUGACUUCCAGAAGACUGUUACCACCAUGUACUACCUCUGGAUGGCCAGCACCAUUACCCUCUUCCUGAACUUCCUGUCCUCGCUGGCCUGGUUCUGCGUGGAUCCCUCGUCCGGGUCCGGGUUUGGCCUCUCCAUCCUCUGGGCUCUGCUCUACACGCCCUGUUCCUUUGUCUGCUGGUACCGGCCCAUGUACAAAGCUUUCAGGAGCGACAGUUCCUUCAACUUCUUUGUCUUCUUCUUCGUGUUCUUUGCCCAGAAUGUGAUGUAUGUGCUGCAGGCCAUUGGCAUCCCAAACUGGGGAUUCAGUGGCUGGAUCCUGAGCCUGAUAGCGCUGCGGACAAACACGGCUGUGGCAGUGAUGAUGAUCCUGGUGGCCUUGUCCUUCACGGCAGUGGCUGUGCUGGGCAUCAUUAUGCUGAAAAAGAUCCACUCCCUGUACCGCCGGACGGGCGCCAGCUUCCAGAAGGCCCAGGAGGAGUUCGCGGCCGGGGUGUUCUCCAACCAGGCCGUGCGCACGGCCGCAGCCAACGCCGCCGCCGGCGCCGCCACCAGCGCCUUCCGCGCGCCGUAGAGCCGGGCGGGCGCCGGCCCUGCCUCCCCGGCGCGCGCGGGGGCUCUUCCCGGGGAAGAGGAGAAUCCGAGUUGCACUUUCGGUGGAUCCCCCGCACGCGCGCGCGCCCGCAUCGGCUGUUCAGAGGCUGCCUCAUCCCAGCUUGGAAGUGCUGGUGCCUGAAUCGUCUGCUGCUCGAACCCCCUUUUCCCUCACGGACAGAGGCUGUUUCUGGUUUGCGCUGGUCCCCCUCUCCCUCAGCGGGGUGGGUGGUGCCGAGGUUGAGCCCUGCCUGGCUCUGCCAUCGCCCUCCCUUCCAGCACGAGCCUCCUCCAGAUGUGUGACAGGGACUGGAACUGUCGCUCGCCUUCCCUGGGCUCUCCUGUGUCCCUGCCUGGUGAUGACACCUGUGGGGCUUGGAGGGCCCCUCGUUGUGCCCAGUCCUGAGGCUCUUCCCUUUGCCUGCCUUUCCCUGUGAUACGGGACCCCCGUGCUCUACCAAGAACAUCAUCCCCCUCUUCCCCCCAGGGCUUGCUCCGGUGGGAUGGGGCCGGUGCAGUCCCCAGGGUGUCCUGUCCCUUUUGUCCUGUCCCUUUCCCCGUCCUUUCCCUCUCUCCAGGCUGAGGAGAGCAGGGCUGGGACAGGCAGUGCUCGGGCACAUGCUGCUGGUGAGGCUUCUACCUUUAGUCCACGUGCCCCCUGUGGACCCCAAAACCAGGCUGGGUGCUGAGGAGCGGCCCUGGUGUUACUGUGGCUCCAGGGAAGGGUGAACAGCUCCUCCCACCCCCCUCCUCACCCACCCCAGGGACUGUGACCCCUCGUUCCCCCCAGCAGCCUUCACCCAAGGCCUUCACCCUCCUCGGGGGCUGAGCCAGUGCCUGUGUUCCCCUUACCUGCCCUCUGUCCCCGGGGGUCCCCGGGACAGGUCUCAUGCAUUCUGCUUCGCCCCAUCUCCUCUCGGACGCUCCCGGUUUGUCCCUGCAGCUCCGGGGCUGGCGAGAGGCUUCGUGCCUUCAGCUCUGGGGGCCGGUGCCCGCGGCUCGGCCCCGUCCUGCUGUGGUGGGGGGUCCCGUGGGGGUCCCCGCCCCCCCCCGCUGCCCCCCGUGUGCUGCCCCCGACCGCCUCCGGGUUUAUUUAAGGAAUAAAUGAAGUUUCACUCUGUGCC